UCUGUUGAGGAUAAAGAUGAAAUAAAGGUAUUGUCAGCCACUAAGGGAAAUUAUGAGACUCUACACAGUGAAACUGAACUACAGAAACAUGAUCUAAUACUGUGGAGAUUUGGAGCUGAAGGAUCUCUCAUUGCUAAAGGUGAUACAGAAGACAAUCAUACAUCAUACUAUGAUGGUGAUGAUGGGAGAUUCAAAGGCAGACUGGAGCUGGACAGUAAGACUGGAUCUCUGACCAUCACAGGCCUCGAAACUAAGCACACUGGAGAAUUUAGACUAAAGAUCAUCAGUGACAGAAGGAUCUUAUUCAAAAGAUUCACUGUUACUGUCUCUGGUUUGUCUCCAGGUGCUAUUGCAGGGAUAUGUAUUGUUCUACUGCUGGUCACUGCAGCAGCUGUAGCUGCUGGUGUUAUGAUUUAUUGUCGAAGCAAUCACUACAAAUUCAAAAAUCUUAUAUCGAAGAUCUCUAAACAGCUAGAGCAAAUGUCGAAGAUGUCUAAACAACUAGAGCAAAUAACCAAGACCAGUGAAAAAGACAUGGAGGAUAUGUCUAAACAACUAAAGCAAAUAGAUGAAACGAAUGUGAGCGAAAAUGAAAAAAAGGUGCUUUAUGAAAAACUAAAGCAAAUGUCGGAGGACUAUGAUAAAGCAUUACCGAAGAUCUCUAAACAACUAGAGCAACUGCGUGAACGAAAGGUCCCAGAACAACUGUUGGAGAUGUCUGAACAAGUAAAGCAAAAAAGUGCUAAUGUCACAAAAGAAGAGACACAGAGAUCAGAGAUCAGAGAAAGUAAAAGGAAACGGUUAUUUUUUGUUGAAGACACUGCCAUAAGUAAAGCUAUGGGUAUUGAUAAGAUAUUGAAAGACAAACGGGGCAGGAAGAGCAUUGCAAUCAGCGAUGAAUAUGAAACCCAUGCACAUGAAUUAGAUGGAAACUCUCCUGGAAAUGAACUAAAAGAGCUAAAAGAUUUGACAGAUGAUGUGAAGAUCUCUGAACAAGAAACAAGUAUUAUAACUGAUACAGCAAGUGCUAAUGUCACCCAAGAAGAGAUGAGACCAGAGAUUGGAGAAGGUGAAAGUGAACGGUUUAUGUAUGUUGAAGAGACUCCCAUAAGUAAAAUGUUUGGUGCUGAUAAGAUUUCGAUAGACAGACAGGGCAGGAAGAGCAUUGCAAUCAGAACUAAAAAUACUGGAGUUCAUACACAUGGAACAGAUGGAAAGGCCCCUGUAAAUGAACCGAAAGAGCUGGAAGAAGAAUCAACAGGAAAAUAAGUGAAUGAAGAAACGCCUUUUAGAAGCCAAAAGGAAGAGGAUGGACUAAAUUAGUAGCUAUCCACCUUUUUCCUCAACGUGAAAGUAAGCCUAUGGGUGAAACUUCUGGUUCAUUAUCCACUGUAGGGAAAUAACAAGAAAAAUUACAAUGUGCAGUAAAUGGGAAAACUCUUUGCGCUACAAACCAGUGUGCUCAUAAUUAAGAUAAUACAUUACAAUAACAUGGGAAGACACACCAAUUUGCAGUAUCAAGCAGCAAAACAAGCUGUUUGUACAGCUAAAAAUAGCUGGACAUGAGACCGGAAGCUACACCCAUAAAAUUUACAAAUGGCCACACCCACUUUUACAGGAAGAAAAAGGUGGAUAGAAGUGUUCAGUUUAGUGAGACAAGACACGCACACGUGUCAAUCACUGUGACAUCAGACAUUUCAGCUCCAUCUUUUUCAAGCUGCUAGAAUCCACCCAAAGUGAGAAAUAAACACAGUGUGUCUUGUGUAAAAAGCUUUUUUUGGUUUCAGAUUAACAGGGAAAUGUGUUGAUGAAACAAUAUCAUAUAUAACUGUAUUAAUGUUAAUGUGUUUUACCAAAAAAGUAUCUUUGAAACCACUGUGCUGUACACGGUUAAUGUUCUCAUUCAGCUUUGAUCACAGUGUCUAAAGAUCACAUGACCUCCUCAUAUAUAGGAAUUCAAGAUACAUGCAUUCAAUUUAACACUUUUUUUGCUUAUAAGUUUCUGUUCUUUUUACUAUAUUUUUUAAACUGAAAAACGUAAACUAUGCUAUAUUAAAUAACAAUUGCUUAAAUAUAUUAUCCAAAGAUAUAUUCUAAAGAAAAUCUGUUUUUCUAUCCUUUAAACAAAUUAUAAAUGUGCCCUGAAUUAGUGUGUAGUAUGUCCAGAGACAUAUUUUAUAGUUUCUUUCUUUUUACUUCCCAUAAGCAGGAAGUAAUGGCUGACUUCAGUUAUUGGUUGUCUACUGUGAUUGGAGGAAUUUAUGCCUGGUUGAUUGGGUUUCUCUUCAGUGUUACACUGUGUUUACACACUUGAUGUAAUUGGUGUUUAUGACAAGAAAUACUUUCUGGUUUAUAAGCUACUAUUUGUUUGUGUAUUGUUUUUAAUUAGAGGUGGUUGCCAUUUUUUUGUUUGAACUUGGUUCUCCUGUUUUAGCUUGUUGGGGAGUUAGGGUAUUUUGUUGUAUUUUUGUUUUCUUUUUUUGUAAUAGUUUUUUAGAUUUUAUCUCUACUGGUUAGAGGGGUUGUUGUUUUGGCCUUUGCCCUUUCUUGAAUCCUUGGGA